UUUAGUAAGGUUUCGCAAAAACUAAAGUGUGUGGAUGUUGAGACAUUACCAGAACUUUUUGACAUAUUACCCGAACCAGAACCUAUAGGCAAGGUGUAUGAUGUAAAACAAUGGAUGCAGCCAUACCUGUCCAGUUUAGAAAAAAUAUCUUUUCCAUUGCAUUAUAAAUUUGAAAGAAAUCAAGACAAAGUGAAUUUAUUCUAUAAAGGCCCACACUACAACGAUUGGAUACAGAUGGAGGAUAGUAUUUUACCAAGGAAACCACCUGGGAAACCCAUGAAUUUAACACCGGACUAUACCAGAAUAAAUGUUGAUAGAAAUAUAAAACAAGUAGAACAAUUGAAACAGUUAUUUAAGAAUGAGAAUUCAUUUGAUUUUUGGAAUCAAUUUUAUAAAGCCAUCAAAGACAAUACCAGACAAAUACCCGAGUCAAGUUGGAUUUUAGACGAAUUACCCAGGCAAGGAAAUAUUCCUACUAUAGAAGAGACAAAUAUACCUAGUCACUUGAAAGAUAUAAUCUCCAAAGAGACAACAGUACCUCAGGUGGUUGUUAGAAGAAAAAUAACAUCUCAGUCUAAACAACAAACAGCUAAGGGGAAACAGACAGUUAAUAGAAAGAAACAGACCAGUGUUAAUCGAUCAAAACAAGGAAAACCAAAUGGUAAAUAG